AUGAAUCGUGGAUCCAGACGCCAAUGGCUGGGUUUCGCCCUGGCGUUAUUCAUUAUACUCCUGCUCUACCGCUCAUUAAACAAAUCCCAUGCCCAAUCAACUAUAACUGAAAAUAUUGACUAUGCGGAUGGUCCGGCUCCAAUCCCAGAUGUCCCCACGCCGGAUUUGUUCGAAAAUCCCGACUUUCCCGUCGAACACACAGACACACCAUCACACGAAUCUUUCUGGAGCCGGUUGCCCAUACGACAUCCUGCCGCACAUGCCUUCCCUCGUGUACCUACCCGAUCGCGCUCCGAUAAACCCCAAAUCCAAUCAGACGAAUCGAACUUCUCGCAAAUCCUGACCUGGUUCCAGAAGAGCAGACAGGCAGCUGUCAAGGAGGCCUUUACACGAUGCUGGGAUUCUUAUAAAUCGCUUGCAUGGCAGACCGAUGAACUUGCGCCCAUGAGCGGUUCGCCGAAUAAUGGACUAGGUGGCUGGGGUCUGACGCUGGUGGAUAACCUGGACACGUUGUGGAUUAUGGAUAUGCGGGCGGAGUUCAAGGAAGCCGUUGCGACCGUUGUCGAGACCAAUUUCGAGGACACCCAGUCGUCCGAAAUUAAUACCCACGAAAUCAAUAUUCGAAUUCUGGGUGGUCUACUCUCCGCAUACGAUCUAAGCGUCGAUCGGCGAUUGCUGAACAAGGCGAUCGAGGUUGGUGACAUGCUUUAUGCGGCGUUCGACACCCCGAAUCGCAUGCCGAUCACCCACUGGGAUCUGCACCGGGCCGCACGGCAAGAGGAGCAGUUUGCCGAAGAGGUCGUCUCUGCUUCAGAACUAGGCUCCUUCAUCCUUGAAUUCACGAGACUGUCGCAAUUGACUGGCAAUCCCAAAUACUUCAACUCGGCACACACGGUCAUGGACAGACUUGGCCAGCUGCAGGACUUGACCAAGCUCGCGGGAAUGUGGCCUGUGGUUCUGAACGCUCGGACGGAGAUCUUCGACAGCGAACUCUUCACUUUGGGCGCUGAAGUUGAUUCCCUGUAUAAAACACUGGCCAAGGCAGACAUGUUAACUGGAGGUCAAUUCCCCGUUUAUCGCAAGAUGUACGAGAGAUCGACACUGACCGCCGCUGGACACAGUCUAUUCCGUCCCAUGACUCCCCAUGAAAAGGACAUUCUCGUGCCAGGAUCAAUUCGCGUGAUGAUGACUCAAAAUGGCAAACCACGCACCCAAUUAGAAGGGCAGGUCCACCACCGUGCUUGUUUCACGGGCGGCAUGUUUGCAUUGGGAAGUGCUCUUUUCAGAAUUCCGACCCAUCUCAAAAUUGCAAAUAAGCUGGUUGAUGGCUGCACUUGGGCUGCUCAGUCCAUGCCUCUAGGGAUCAUGCCCGAGGUAUACGAGACCGUACCCUGUGCCUCUCAAAACGAAUGUCCUUGGAACGAGUGGUACUGGAAGCAGGAGAUCUGGAAAAACGUGAAUGCCAGUCCAGAACCGGACCCAGACAUGAAUAUUGAUACCUAUAUCCAUGAGCACCACCUACCGAAGGGAAUCAUUUCCAUCCCUGAUACUCGCUACAAUUUAAGGCCGGAGAUCAUUGAGAGCAUGCUCACACUUUAUCGUGUCUCCGCCCGCGAGGAUCUCCUCGAUACUGCCUGGGAGAUGUUCGAAUCCAUCCAAAACACCACUGAAAUCAUCAAUGGCAACGCUGCCCUUGCCGACGUCACACUUUUGACGGAAGAACCCAUUCAUCUUGACUCUAUGGAGAGCUUCUGGAUGUCACAAACCUUGAAAUACUUCUAUCUCAUGUUCAGCGCGCCGGACGCCCUGAGCCUAGAUGAGUAUGUCUUCAACUCCGCAGGUCAUCCUCUCCGGCUGCCCGAGCCGGAGUGGAGUCUUUAA